CUCGAACGCAAUGAAUUUUGGUGAAGCCACGUUCUCAUUGCGGCCAAAGACACGGCCUAAGUUGCGGUCGUCCUGUGGAUGCAGCAAGUUCAGAAGCUCAUCGAGGUCUCACAGCAGGAUGGACUCUUCAGGGCUACAACUGCGGCUUGCUUGUUUAAUUUCAAUGUUUCGAACUCAGUUUUGAAAUAUCUCCAAACCAGCCCAGACCGGACAUCCAGGUAUGAUUCCUUGCAGAGGGUGUCGGAGGUAGAUUUCUUUAUCAGCCAUUCUUGGUCUUGUUCACUUUGGAUGAAACGACUGGCUCUAUGCCAUCGCCUAAACCUGAAUUUGGCCAUCGGGUCAUGUGUCCUUGCUUUCUUGCUGGCCGUUUUGAUCUUGGUACUUCGUGCAGGUAGCUUCCCGGCUGUGGCGCAGCAAGAUCUCACACUGAGGUGCUGUCUCUUGUUGUUCUGGCCGUUUUCGGUGUUUCUUGGUACGUAUCUCUUUGGACACCUGCUGGAUUGUCGCAAGUUCUGGAUAGAUCAGGUCUGUGUCCAUCCGACCAAUGCAGAGGUGAAGUCGCAGACGUUGCAAGCAAUUCCGGCCUUUGUAGCUCAAUCGAAGCAGAUGCUAGUAAUUUGGGACGACACGUAUUGGCAAAGACUGUGGUGCAUUUAUGAAGUCGCUAUUUGGGUAAAAGCCUCUUCAGCCCCGCAGGCCAUACGAUUUGUGCCUACCUGGAUGCCGUUGUGGGUCUUGUCGAGCUUUGCUCUUUUGACUUUGGUAUGCUUCUCCGUUGUCGGGCAAGUCUGGUGCUGGGAGAAAGGUAAUUGGGAUUCAAGGCUGUCAUACGUGGCCUCUUUCAUGAUGAUUGCAGUACCCGCCACUGUGGCUGUGCCUGUAGGCGUUGGGCUCCCUUGGUUCUGGCUGUGCAUGCAGAAACUGCAAAAGCACAAGUUGAUGCUGAGUCAGAUGGAGCACUUCGACAUUCGAAGUGCUGAGUGCACAGUGGAAAGUGACCGGAAAGUCAUCGAGGAACAGAUAUUAGACUUGUUCGAUGAAGCUUUGGAGCCUCCAGUUCAAGUCUCUUUCGGUGCAGAUGCUGCAGAUGCCGCAGAUGCCGCUGAUGCUCCUUUGAUGUCCCCAGAAGCGCUUAGAGACAUCCGUCACAUCACCAGCUACCCCACUCGCGAUGAAAUCUUGGAUCAGUUCAACACAUAUGUGAGGGGACCAUUGCGUGAAAGCGUUGAGGCAUCCAUCGGAAAAGAGGACUUUCUCCCUCUCAACUCCUGCAUCGCUGCUGUUUUGCCUUUGGUUUUGGGCGGCUUCACGGUUGCGCUUGGCUGUGAUGGCCGGGCUGAUUGUGAGCUGUCCGCCUCAAACUGGGGCUAUGCUUCGGUCACUGAGUACAUGCUUGGAAAUGCGUUUAUAAAUGGAAUACAGGGCCCAGUGUUUUGGAUCCUAACAUUUCCUUUGGGGCUACGAACCAGCUGCCUGGCAGCCCGAGCCUUCUCAAGUGGAAUCUGGCAGACGCUCGCGGGUGCAUCCAUGACUGCGGUGGUGCUAACUGCUUGCUCGUUUAGCUCGUCUUUUCAGUCAGUGUUGAUUCUCGUGGUCAUCAUCAAAUAUUCGACCAUAUGGUUGGGAGCCUGUGUGGCCAGCUUUGCUGUGGAGCUCUUUGCAUUUUGGCAUCUCUUCUUCAGGAACCCAGUUCGACACUCCUCACGUUCUUUUGUCGCUUCUGUGUCAAAACCUUGACAUCGAAGAUGCAGGGUGAAAAAUAGAGCUGAUCCUUUUUGUGGCAAGGAUUUCAGGUUUUUUUUUGAGUGACUGCUGUGAUCCUGGUGGUUGCGGUGACAAAACUCUGCAAUGUCAACUUGCCGAACGUUUAAAGCACAUCCAAGUCAUAAUAUCCGUGAGAUGUUGG